AAUCUCGAUAGUAAUGCGUAGCAUCUGUUUCAAACAACACAUGUAUGUCACUUUGCAAGCUGCCUUAGUUUCAUAGUCGAUUGGUAGGUGUUGUGUAGAAUGGAUGCGAACUCUGCGUUGCGUCGAGUAAUUCCGGCAAGUUAUCAGUGAUAUCUAGAAGUGUUUGGCUGCGUGCAAUGGGACAUUAACACCCGCCCAUCCAUCUCGAUAAGUGAGAUAAGCUGGUUGUGGUGGAAGAGAUCACCCAUUCGUUCGAAAUUCCACUGUUACGCAUACACAUUAUACGAACAAUGAGUGAUGAAAGUUUGGAGACAGUCGUCCAAACAGAGCAAUGGUAUCACAAGAUCACCGUUGAGCCACCGAUGUUUCUGUUCAUGAUGUCCUGCAUGCUGACUUCGGUGGUCGAACAGGUGUUCUUCCUGUACAAGGCCUGCACGGUUAACCACGGUUACCCUCCCGAGGUUUGCAUUGCCAUACAACACCAUGAAGAUAUUGAACAGGAUGUUCAAAUCACAGCCUCGACCUUCCACAUGUGGAACAACGUUGCGAUGUUUGUGUUUCCGGUCAUACUAGCGUUGUUUAUGGGUGCUUGGUCCGAUCGGCGUGGCCGUAAGCUUCCACUUAUUUUGGGUCUGGUAGGAAAGCUCCUCUACUCUGCGAUGCUGGUGGUAAACUCCCGGAUGGACAGUUGGCCGGUCCAAUACAUCAUCUACACUGCAACCAUUCCCAGUGUCCUCACGGGUGCAGACGUAGCGGUUUUCGGAGCAUGCUACGCUUACAUAUCGGAUGUGACAAGUACAGCGGAUCGAACUUCCCGUAUCGCGCUCUUAGAGGUAGCCUACCUCAGUACGAUGCCCAUUGGAGUCAUUGUCGGGAGAUACAUAUACAGCCGUGUUGAUAAAUCGUUCACAAUUAUGUUCACUAUCAACGUGGUGCUUCUGCUCUCAUCGAUCAUCUACUCCGCAUUGUUCCUUAAAUCGCACACCACCGAUCGACAGGUCUCAAUACUGGAAUUGCGAUGGUACCAAAUGCCAGGCGAUCUUUUCGAUCGGAGUCACAUCGAACGCUCGCUGGAAACUUUCUCCAGGAAGCGUAGCCUAAAUCGUCGAACCUAUCUGUAUGCCCUGAUGGCCGCCGUGUCAUUCUACAACUUCCAGCGAGAUGAAAAGUCUUUCAUGUAUUUGUACACACUGCUCAAGUUCGGCUGGGACGAAGACCGGUAUAGCUAUUUCCGGACCUAUCAAACGGCAAUGUACGUUGUGCUGCUGUUCCUGGGAAUGCCACUGUGCACUAAGGUGCUCCGGUUGCGUGAUACGAUUAUGGUCAUGUUUGGUGCCAUGACCCAUGCCGUGGCACGGCUCGUCUUCGUGUCCGCUCAGGUGGACUACAUGAUGUAUGUGGGAGCAACGGUAUCCAGCUUGGGACCGUUUACAGCCCCUGUGUUGCGGUCAAUGAUUUCCAAGAUGUUUCCCGUCGCGGAACGGGGGAUUAUUUUCUCGUUUCUAUCGGUCUUUGAUAACGCUACCACGCUGAUCAGCGGGGUCUUGUACACCGAGGUGUACAAUGCGUCGAUUGGUAGCUAUCCACAAGCGUUUUUGUGGGUCACCAUCGCAACCCAGCUAACGGUGCUUAUAUUGACGAUAGGCGUUCAUGUUUCCCUUCGUGGGAAAACGUUUGAGGAGAGUACCACAGAAGUAGACGCCCUACUUGGAGGCGACCAACACUCGACAGGUGAACCUGAUGGCUGUAGGACAGCUGAACGGACGUGAUAUUCAUAACUGCGCGUUGUGGUGAUCAAUUAGAGGCUUAUUUUGUAUAGUUUCAAACGAACUUUUAUUCGAAAUAGAGAACAAUGUCUUUUCUAGA